CUUUGAGCACGCCUUUGUGUACGGCUCUGCGCUCGUGGCGCCAGCCUCCGGCAGCAUCCCGAUGACGGACCUUGUCUUUGCGGUGCGCGAGGCAGAGGCGUGGCACGCGCUCAACCUCGAGAAGCACGCAGCCCACUACUCGCCGCUCGGGAUGCUCGGGCCGCGCGCCGUCGCGGCGGUGCAGGAGCGGGCGGGCGCGGGCGUCUACUACAACGCGUAUGUGCCGUGGCGCGGCCGGAGGAUCAAGUACGGCGUCGUGAGCGUCAGUGCGCUGCUCGACGACCUCCGUUGCUGGCGGAGCCUCUACCUCGCCGGCCGGAUGCACAAGCCGGUGCAGACCGUCAAGUCCGACCCGCUCGUCUGCGAGGCGGCCGAGGCGAACCUUGCAUCGGCCGCCGCCGCCGCGCUGCUGAUGCAGCCGCCCGCCUUCGAGGAGGGCGCGCUGCUGCGCGACAUCUGCUCGCUCUCCUACACCGGCGACCCGCGCCAGGUGGUGGUCGAGGCGUCGCGGCCGAGCGAGCUUACCGCGACGCACCGCGAGACGCUGCGGCGCAUGCUGCCGCCCCCUUUGCCCUCGCGAGCCGCGGCGCCAGGCGGCCGCGCCGCCCCGCGCUGCGACGCCUCCCUCGAGCACGCGGCGGAACGGCUCUACGCCGAGGCGGGCGGGGCGCAGGAGGGGGCGGCGCGGCUGGGCGAGGCGGUGCGCGCGUCCCUCGGCCGGCUCGUGUCGCGCUCGAGCACGCCGCAGACCGUCAAGGGGUUCCUCACGGGCGGCGCGGUGACGACCGCGAGGUAUGUGGGCGCCAAGCUUGCGAAGCGGCUCGUGCGCAAGUAG